UGGUAAGUUAAAGAGAAAUAAAAUAAAAUAACUAUACUAGAAGAAUAUAAAAUCAGGACAUACGUAUACUCAAUAGUUGACUUCAGACUAGUCACUACAUAAACCAACCCUCUCCCGCCUAUUUCUUUCCCAAAUCAUCCCCUCCAGUAUACUUUUCUUAUUAGGUAUCAUAACACUUGAGGACUUACACCAACAUUUAUUAUACCCUCCUAGGUACCCACCCAGCUUCACAUAUACUAUUAUAUCAUAUCAAGUUCGACUACACAUACAGACGUGUUGCUCCGUGGAUGUAUCCUUCCCAAGACAUUACUUCCUUUCCGCACCUAUACCGACAAGAAAACCCCCGUGUCAUACCAAAUACGUCUAUCCCGGAUCGAAAGGGCAUCCCGUCUAAUACGGAUCUCUCUUGUCGAGCUGCUAUUCGACUUCGAAUUGCCUGACAGUCAUACUUUAACCUCCUUAACUUUUUAUUACGAUUAUUUUCAUCGUUCAACAUGCCUGCCCAGAAACAUCUGUCCGACAACAUCCCCCCCACCGGCCGAGUCUCCGAGUCAGAGAGGGAGAAUGGAGAGGAGCACUACUACACCCGCAGCCAUACCGAGUAUCGUCCGCCACAUCUCAAUGGAGACAACUUCUCGUCAACUCAACCUAGCGGCUAUAAUACCCAACCAAGGCGAGUCAAGUCUAUCGAGACCGACGAUGCUAUACCCGAAUCGGUGCACGUGACGGACGGCGCCGGCGAUUAUACGUACCAGCCAUAUGCUGAUUCUACGACUUAUACGGAGAGCACCUUAAGAGGUCGCCGCUACUUGCACCAUAUCCUUAACCAUGAUUAUUUUAAUUAUGACGGAAACGGCAGCGCACGUUUGACUACCCAAGCCAUUGACACAUUGAACCACAACAACGAAAAUGGAUAUCAAGGCAACGUCCACGACUGGGAGAUGGGCUAUAACGUCAACUACCCAGCUGGCCUCCCAGUUGACUUCCAUGCCGAUUCUGGCUUUGACUUAAGCACAGGGAACUUGGAAGGUUCUUCGGCCCCUCAAAGUCAGGCAUCGGUUAUGAGCUCCAACUAUGUGAUGGUUCCGCCAGCGCCCGAGGAUCCUUUAGCGGACAUCAUCCGAGACGCAGGGGCCCAUUUGAACGACAUUUCGACGCCCCAGACUAGCUUUGCUAGUGACAUUGCGGACGCGGAUACUAGGUAAUGGUGUUUAAGGAAGAUGACGAUGACGAUAAUAGCGAUUUUUGUAUGGGUUUUAUGAUCAUUGGUCUGGCGUUUUUGAGUAUUUAAUAGGACGGAAAUGUGUUGUUUUUUUCUCUUUUCUCUUCUUUUCCGUUCACUGUUUGAAGGAAUAAUUCUUGUGUCUACCACCGCUAAUGUCAUGUUUCUAUUAUUCCCCAUCCAUCUUUUCAAUGGCCACAAAAAGCACAGCUAU